AUGGACCUGUUAACACAACUACAAGAUAAGUUAGAUUACUUGUUCUUGGUGUUUGGUACUUGUAUUGGUGUGUUGCAACGUGAUGCCCCACCAUCACCAUUCGAUCAGCAGUCCGUAGUCAACAAUCAGGAGCAUCAAGAGCGAGUUGUAAAAUGGAAUGAACAGACAAAGGACAUGGCGAUGCAGGUGAUAGAGACAUCCAAGCUUAUAGAAUCAAUAAUAGACUCACUGCCUGGCUUCAACUGCACCGAGCCAGAGCAAUACCAACGACUAAAGGCACUCAAUGCCGAGACCAUCGAGACAUCACAGCAACUCGAACAAACAAAGAAGGAAGCAGAGUUGAUGUUAAAGUUGGUCAAGGAUGCGAUAAGGAUGCUCUCGAAUGAAUCACAGAAGAUAUAA